UACAUCAGCAGCCGGAUGUGAUGUGGCUCCCAAGGAGCAAGCCAAAGAUAAACACGUAGCCAGGCGAACAGGGCGAGGAUAAUAAAUAUUACUGAGAGGCUACCGUGAAACGAUGGAAAUGGAGUAGGUGCUAAGAAAAUAGAGAUUUUAGCAGGCAUAGACACAUCCGUCAAAUUAGCAAGGAGCAAGUAUUCCGCAGACAUCGAGUCGUACCUGGAGCUGAGUCCAAAAUGGUGCGAGCAACCUUGGUGACUGCCACCAGUCUGGCGCUGACUGGGGCUGUGGUGGCACAUGCUUACCUCCUCAAACACCAGUUCUACCCGACUGUGGUCUACCUCACCAAGAGCAGCCCCAGCAUGGCGGUGUUGUACAUUCAGGCCUUUGUGUUGGUGUUUCUGCUGGGAAAGUUCAUGAGGAAGGUGUUUUUUGGACAGCUAAGGGCUGCAGAAAUGGAGCAUCUGAUUGAGCGCUCCUGGUAUGCUGUGACUGAGACGUGCUUGGCGUUCACUGUGUUCCGGGACGACUUCUCCCCUCGAUUUGUUGCCCUCUUCACCCUUCUGCUCUUCCUUAAGUGCUUUCACUGGCUGGCCGAGGACCGGGUGGACUUUAUGGAACGGAGUCCAAACAUAUCCUGGAUUUUUCACUUCAGAGUAUUAUCUCUCAUGGGACUGCUGGCUGUCCUGGACUUCCUGUUUGUCAACCAUGCCUGUCACAGCAUCAUUACCCGAGGAGCCUCAGUCCAGCUCGUUUUUGGAUUUGAGUAUGCAAUCCUGAUGACCAUGGUGCUCACAACCUUCAUUAAGUACCUUCUGCACACUAUCGACCUCCAGAGUGAGAAUCCCUGGGACAACAAGGCCGUCUAUAUGCUCUACACGGAGCUCUUCACAGGUUUCAUCAAAGUGCUCCUGUACAUUGCCUUCAUGACCAUCAUGAUAAAGGUCCACACCUUCCCCCUGUUUGCCAUUCGGCCCAUGUAUCUGGCUAUGAGGCAGUUCAAGAAAGCUGUAACGGAUGCUAUAAUGUCUCGGAGAGCCAUCCGCAAUAUGAAUACACUGUACCCUGAUGCUACUCCUGAAGAUCUGCAGGCCUCAGACAACGUCUGUAUCAUCUGCCGAGAGGAAAUGGUCACCGGAGCCAAGAAACUCCCUUGUAAUCACAUUUUCCACUCCAGCUGCCUCCGCUCCUGGUUCCAGAGGCAGCAGACAUGCCCGACCUGUCGCAUGGACGUCCUCCGUGCAUCUAAUAACAACCAGACUCCAGCCCCGGCCCCGCCCCCGGCUCCUGCGGCCCCGGCCAACGCCCCCGCAGCCCCAGCCGCCAAUGUGGCCCCAGGCAUGUUACCCGGUUUUCCUCCGGGUGUCUUCCCCUUCUGGGGUCCCUUCCCCGCAGUGCCUCCUCCUGCUGCAGCUCCUGGUGCCACGGAUGCUCCGCGAAGCAGCACCGAGGCUACACAGGCAGCUGGUUCCAGCCCGGCCACUGCGUCGACUGCAGACCCCGCUGCAGGUGCUGCUGCUCCAGGCUCAGCCAUGCCAGGCUUCCCCUUCUCCUUCCCCCCGCCGCCCUUCCCCUCCGCACCAUGGCUGCCCAUGCCACCACCUCCUCCCUUCGUGUCAUCAAUGCCUCCCCCUCCUCCGUCUCUGUCCCGGCUGUCCGAGGAGGAGCUGAGGGAGCUGGAGGCAGAGGGGCGGCGGGGCCUCGAGGCCAGGCUCCAGUGUCUCCAGAACAUCCACACCCUGCUGGACGCCGCCAUGCUCAACAUCCACCACUACCUCAGCACCGUCGCCACGCUUGCCCCUCCUCGGACUGAGGGCAGCACUGGAGAAGCCAGCGGGACAGACGACGCUGCUUCACCUCCUGCAGCGGGCAGCGGCACGGACAGUCCCAGCCGGGACAGGGACUCCUCCAGCUCCGAGCAUGUGGACGCCGCUACGGUCUCCUCUCAGCCGGCCGACUCCACUUCUUCUACCGCUUCGGGCACGGAAAGAAAAGAAGAGCUGGACGAAGGCGCGGCGGGGGCGGGGGAGGAGGUCGAGGACGGAGAACCCAACGCCGCUGAGCUGAGGCGCCGACGCCUUCGCAAGCUCGAGACGCCCUCGCCCUCGUCUUCACCCCCUCCGGACAACUGAUCCGCGUGUGCUGCUCUCCUAACACAUCCACGGUUCUGACUCGGACAUAUUGCUCUGGACCAAUAGGAACUCGGAGCUGAUCGAUCGCCGCUUUGGUUCUUCUUCUUUGCCUCUCUGUCCUCGUGGCUCUCGCCUUCCACGGGCCCGGCUUUCUAACUGCGUCGAGUUGGACUCAGGCUACCGGGAGACGCAAUGAUCGUUGCCGCGUUAUCUGGACUAUUGCUGUGUCAAGAAUAGCACGACUUCUUUAAUUUUAGGUUAUUUUUAUUUUUUCCCCAGAAGGACUACUGCAAUAAGAGCACUGCAGGUGUUUGUAGGUUUAAUCAGGUGGAAGACGAUUUCCAAACCCAGUUAUUUGGUCAAUGUGAGAGAGCGAGAGCGAGAGAGAGAGACUGAUUGUGUUUGGUAGUUUUACUGUCGGUGAGGUUCUUUGCCUGCACUUUGAUUUGUAGUUUAAUUCAGCUUUCUUCAGUAUACAGGUGGCCCCAUUCACCACAUCAACAUGUUACACCCCAUCUGCAUCCGCGUCAGAUCCAUUGAAUUCAAAUCAAAGGGGAAGUUGAUCAACGGCUCUGGCUCUUUAACAUUCGUUCCGUCUUCUGUCACCAAUGCAGUCGUUGUAACAUACUGAUUUAUUUGAAUGUGUAAAUACUGUAAAAAGCGUUUUAAUAGGAUGAUCUGUACAUAAUGCAGAAUAAACUGUUUGACCGAAAUGACAGUGGCAACACGUACGGUAUAUUGGUGUGUAUGUUCACAAACUGAUGGCAUAGAGUUGGAAUGUGUUAAAGUGAAGCUCGUAGACUUGUCAGGCUUUCUGUGUCGGAGCUUUAAUGUUGCCUUUGAAUUAAAGAUUGAACUGUAAAAUUA